AUGUUGAUCUUAAGAGUUAAAAUAGAGACCAAACGUUGGCGAGCUAAAGUUUGUGGUGCACGUAUUCAACUACCGCGUUUUGACUCACAAAGCGGAGUCAAGUUACCAAUAGAAGAACACGUCGCGGUCGACGAGCUCGCUAGAGGCGGAUGGGAGGUGAGUAGGGAAAGGGGGCGGUACUCUUGGCGACGUGACAUUUUCGCAAACAAGCCACGGGGAGUGUGGCAGCGGUGCCGUGAAAUUUGCAACCUCGGCGCCAGCCGCUAUCCAACGGGCCGCGACUCGCGCCAACAUAAUAGGCGAAAUCGAUGA